GUUUUUUGUUUUUCAAUUUGCAUUGAACGCAAAGCGAUUUGAACUGUCAACAUAUUUCCCACAAUUGCGUUCGACCAAUCGGCACGCGGCUGAUGGUUCGACCAAUCAACGCGUGUUGUUUGAAACAAGGAAAAUGGCGCAUUUUCGUUGCCGGCGUCGUCAAACAAGCGUCAAUACGUCUCGAUUCUAACCUCUUCUACAACAUUUUUUCGAAAUUUUUAACGCAAAUUCGAAUUAUAAACUAUGACAGAGAAAUCCAUCUAUUCUACCAAUUUACCAUGGGUAGAAAAGUAUCGGCCGAAGAAACUAGACGAUUUGAUAUCUCACGAGGAAAUCAUCCAAACAAUAAGUAAAUUCAUAGAUGAAAAUCAACUUCCUCAUCUCCUUUUCUAUGGACCGCCUGGUACAGGGAAAACAAGUACAAUACUUGCUUGUGCACGCAAAUUGUACACGCCAGCUCAGUUUAAUUCAAUGGUAUUAGAAAUGAAUGCUUCGGACGACAGAGGUAUCAAUAUAGUUAGAGGACAGAUUCUUAGUUUUGCAAGUACAGGAACAAUGUACAAGUCUGGUUUUAAAUUAAUCAUCCUCGAUGAAGCUGAUGCCAUGACAAAGGAUGCCCAGAACGCUCUUAGGAGAAUAAUAGAGAAGUACACAGAUAAUGUAAGGUUUUGUAUCAUAUGUAAUUACCUUAGUCAGAUUAUUCCUGCACUUCAGUCUCGGUGCACUAAAUUUAGGUUUGGCCCGUUGUCUACAGACCAGAUUUUGCCAAGACUGGAUACUAUUAUUAAGGAAGAAAAUUUAAAUGUUUCGGAAGAUGGAAAACAAGCAUUGAUAACAUUGAGUGGAGGAGACAUGAGGAAAGUUUUGAAUGUUCUUCAAAGUACAUGGCUUGCUUUCGGUGCAGUCACAGAAGAAAAUGUUUAUUCCUGUGUUGGGCACCCUCUUCCGAUCGAUAUAAAAAACAUUGUUAAUUGGUUAUUGAAUGAAUCAUACGAGUUGUGUUAUUGUAAGAUACAAGACAUGAAGCUGAGGAAGGGCCUGGCGUUGCAGGAUAUAUUAACAGAACUCCAUUUGUUUGUAAAUAAAAUUGAAUUUCCAGAUUCGAUACUUAUCAAUUUAAUAAUUAAACUGGCCGAAAUAGAGAAGAGGAUAUCUAUUGGCUGUAGCGAAACCGUACAAUUAAAUGCUCUUGUUUCAGCGUUUCAAAGCGCUCGCGAUAUCGAGGCUUCUUAGCGUUUGAGGAACGAAUUUUAUAAAUCGAGGUAAAAUCGAAUUUAAAGCACUAUAUAUCUAUAUGAAGGAUUUUAUACAAUAAAGCUUAAUCUAGCAACAAUGUAAUA